GCGCAGGGUUUCCUAAAUAACCUGCUCCUCUGUAUUGAUUCCACGAUAAGCAAAACGCGAGACGUCUUCACCUUCUUCUUCGAAGUUCUCUCUCACAUCCAAUUAGAAGGCAAUUAAGAAGCAAGAGCUUAAUCAUUUCCUACAACCAUGUCCCUCAACACUGGAAUGAGGUCGUGUGCCAAGUUAUUGAGGUCUUCAGGAGCAAUUCUGCCAAACUCAGCAAAUAGGGGUUUCCACUCGACCGGGGUGAAGAGAAUGGGAGGAGGACAUGGUCAUGAUGAACCAUACUACCUGCAUGCCAAACACAUGUAUAACUUGGACAGGAUGAAAUACCAGGCUUUGAAAAUGAGCCUUGGAGUGUUUACUGCGUUCAGCAUUGGUGUGGGUGUUCCAGUCUUUGCUGUCGUAUUCCAGCAAAAGAAAACGGCUUCUGGCUGAGAAUCCUGCCUUCUGAUAGCAAUAAGAGAUGCAGCAUCCCCCACAAUUGUUUGGGUUUUUAUCUGAAAUUUGUCACAUUGCCUCCUGUAAGGACGUAUUUCGAAUGUCAAAUACAUGGGACAGCCUCCUUUUCAUAAAUGUGUGGUGAGACUAUUCAUCGCUUGGUGUGGAUGUGAUGUGUUGCAUCACCAAUCACUUCUCUUUUGCUUUAUAGUUCAGUUGUACCUCUCUUUAUGCUUAGUGCAACAUUAAUUUGCUUUUUGAUUCAAAAGAAGAAAAAGUAUUUUAUAUUUUAAUUA